AUGGCCGGCGACGACGACACGUACCACCCCAAGGACGCCAUCAAGGCCAGCAUCACGGCCUCCGCGGCCCUUGGUGGUGCCGGUUUCUUCAUGGCCGCUGUCCACAAUGCCCUCCAGAAGCAGAACGUUGGCGCCAUGUCCGUUUUCACCCGCAGCGGCGGCAUCAUCGCCGUCAUGGCGAUUGGUGGCGGCGCGUACGGCUUUACCCAAUCCGCAAUGGCCAACCUCAGACAAAAGGACGAUGCGUGGAACACUGCGACUGCCGGUUUUGUUGCCGGUUCCAUCCUGGGAAUGACGAGUAUGGGCACCCCCUCCCUGAUGCUGAAGUUUUGCGAGAUAGGAUGCUUACGGGUUGCGACUUGA